ACGUCCGUGUCGGCAUCGCGGCAGGAGAGCCCCGUCAUCGACUUUGACGGCCUCAGCAGGCCAAGCGUGGGAACACGCCAGCGCCUGGAAGAGUCGGCUGAGGAAAAGGCCGCGCGCCUCGAGCGCAUGAAGGGCGCCGUCAAGACGCUGCUCGAGUGCGUCGGCGAGGAUCCUGCGCGAGAGGGCCUGCUGGCCACGCCCGAGCGAUAUGCCAAGGCCAUGAUGACCUUCACGCAGGGCUACGAGCAGAACGUCUUCGACAUCGUCAACGGCGCCAUCUUUCAGGAGGGCCACUCUGAGAUGGUUGUCGUCAAGAACAUCGACAUCUUCUCCCUCUGCGAGCACCACCUGGUGCCCUUCACCGGCAAGGUGCACAUCGGCUACAUCCCCAACAACGCCGUCAUCGGCAUCUCCAAGCUGCCGCGCAUCGCCGACAUGUUCUCCCGCCGCCUACAGAUCCAAGAGCGCCUUACCAAGGAGAUCGCCAACGCAAUCUUCGACGUCCUGCGGCCCCAGGGCGUCGCUGUCGUCAUAGAGUCCAGCCACCUGUGCAUGGUGAUGCGCGGUGUGCAGAAGACCAACAGCACCACAAUCACCAGCUGCAUGCUCGGAUGCUUUGAGCGGAGGGAAAAGACGCGCAACGAAUUCCUCAGCUUGAUCAACGUGAACCGCCAAUGA